UCGCUCAUCUGUCUGGUGCUCCAGGAUCUGGCAGCACUCCCACAUUUUGGCGCUUGAUCUUAGCGUCUUUAUCCUAGUUUUUGCACAUUUUGGCAAUCAUUUCGGAAGCAGAACCAUGUCCAAAAAGUUGAACACAAGUGUGGGCGGAACGCCGACGAACACGUUGUUCAACUAUUUCGCGAAAUCGCCGGCUGUCGACAAGAAAAAAUUGACACCUAGCGUAAAAACAGAAACAGACACCACAGAAAAGGAGAAUGUCAAGAAUCAGCAGCCAAAUGUGGAGCAACCAAAACCAAAGGAUUCCAAGCCGGCGGCCAAGAGGAAGUUGCCCAUUUCCGGCGGCUCCGACGAUGAAGCGGCCGGAAACGGCCAACGCAAGCGGAAGCGCAUCGUUCAGCCGGAAGCGGACAGCGAACCGGAAAUGGAGGAGACCAAGUCGGAGGACGACUUCUCCGACUGCGCGUCGGAAUACGAACCAGAUGCCCAUGAAGCCAGCGACGACAGCGUCAGCAGUGGAGAGGACGAGGUGGAGUCAAGCGAGAACGACAUGUCCGCGGAUAGUCCUACGCCCAAGAAAUCCCGCAAGAAGUCUAAGGACGUUAAUAACAACAACAAUGAGCCCUCAAGCAAGAAGGUCAAGUUGGAGACCUCCACCCAGCUGGCCGAGGGUUCCACUUUCCAGGAGAAACUAAAGCAUCUGCAGAGCAAUGCCAAAAAGGACGCGUCCUAUGAUGAUAUAGUGACCACCACCUCGACUCUGGACGAGCCUGUGGUGUGGCCGCACCAGAAGCUGGAGUUCCUGCAGCCCGACAAGAUCAAGGACAAGGCGGGACGGCGACCAGAUCAUCCGGAAUACGACAAGAGCACCCUGCACGUGCCGGAUAAGUUUCUCAAUGGCUUGUCGCCAGGAGUUCGCCAGUGGUGGGUCCUUAAAUCGACCAGCUACGAUUGCGUUUUGUUCUUUAAGGUGGGCAAGUUCUACGAACUGUAUCACAUGGAUGCGGACGUGGGCGUCAAUGAGCUGGGCUUUACUUACAUGCGCGGCGAGUUUGCUCACUCGGGAUUCCCGGAGAUAUCCUUCGACAAAAUGUCCACCAUCCUCGUGGACAGGGGCUAUAAGGUGGCUCGCGUGGAGCAAACGGAAACACCCGACAUGAUGACCGAGCGUUGCAAGCAGAUCAAGGCCACCAAGUUCGAUAAAGUGGUGGCCCGUGAGAUCUGCCAGAUCACAAAUCGAGGCACCCAGGUCUUCGGCUCACAGUGCAAGAUCGGACCGAAUCACCAGCCCAACUAUAUGCUGGCGUUGGUCGAGCAGGACGAGGGCACUUGGAGUCGGUUUGGCGUGUGUUUCAUAGACACCUCCAUUGGCGAUUUCCAUGUGGGCGAAUUUGAGGACGACAAGAACUGCUCCCGACUGCUCACCCUGCUUUCACAUCAUAUGCCCGUGCUGCUCAUAAACGAGAAAUCCGCUUUGAGCCAGCGUUCCCAGCAAAUUGUGCGCACUGUACUGGGUGGAAUCCUUAAGGAGCAGACGCCCAGUAAUGGAUCGCAGGCUUGCAAUGCGGAAAAGACGCUAAAACUGCUGGCGGAACGCUACUAUGCAGGAAAUGGUGCCGAUGACAACUGGCCAUUGGUAUUGCGCACCAUGCAGUCGGACUCGGAUCAUUUGGGACUCACACCCAGCGAUGAUUACAAGCUUGCACUAAAAGCGCUUGGCCAGUGCAUCUUCUUCAUCCACAAAUGCAAGCUGGAGCCCAAGGUGCUGCCCAUGGCACGAUAUCAACUUUAUGUGCCACCCGAUCAGCUAGCGGAAGCGAAACCGUCGGCGGUCUCCACUUUAAGACGUUCCCACAUGGUACUGGAUGCCACUACCCUGUCGAAUCUGAGGAUUAUUGGCGAGGAUCACACUUUGCUCUCCUCGUUGGAUCACUGUUGCACCAAGUUUGGAAAGCGACUGCUGCACCACUGGCUGUGUGCUCCGAGCUGCGAUGUGGCCGUCAUCAAGGAGCGACAGGAAGCCAUUGGUGAACUGAUCCGAAUGCCCAGCGAACUGCAGGAAAUGCGUGCUUUGCUAGCACCCAUGCCUGAUUUCGAGCGAAAUUUGGCACAGAUUCAUCUGUUUGGCAACAAGCAAAUUAAGCUGAUGGACCAUCCAGAUUCGCGGGCCAUUCUCUUCGAGGAGAAGAUAUACAACAAGCAGAAGCUACUCGGAUUCAUGGCCGUUCUUAAGGGAUUUAACGCCCUUACCAAACUGCCUCUGAUGUUGCUUCAGUGUGAAUCAGCUUUGCUGAAGAGGAUUACCCAAUUGCCAGAAUCUGGAGGAUCAUUUCCUGAUCUUACCAAGGUGCUGAAAUACUUUGACACUGCUUUCGAUCAUGAUGCAGCGGCCAAAACGGGUGUCAUUGCUCCUCAGCCAGGAAUGGAUGCAGAGUAUGAUGCGGCAAUGGAAUCCAUAAACGAGAUCGAGAAACGCCUCAAGACCUAUCUGGUGGAGCAGGAGCGACACUUUGGUUGCCGCGUUACCUACUUUGGGAGCGACAAGAAGCGUUACCAGUUGGACGUUCCUGAAAGUCAUGCUGGCAAGGCCAAUAAGUCCUAUUCCCUGGAGGGACAAACCAAGGGCAAGAAGCCCUCACGUCGCUACACCACCGCUGAGACCCGAGCUCUGCUUAAGGAUAUGCAGCAGGCAGAAGACACAAGGAACAUGGUGCUUAAGGAUUUGGCGCGUCGCCUCUUCGAAAAGUUCUCCAAUCACUAUGACCAGUGGAAGCAAUGCAUCGACUGUGUGGCCAACCUGGAUGUCCUGGGCUCCCUGGCGGAGUAUGCGACUCACCAGAUGGUCAUCUGUGUGCCAGAGCUGGUCUCUGGAGUGGAUCAGCCAUUCAUCGAGCUGGAAGAGGGCUACCAUCCAUGUGUCAACGCCUCCACCUACAUCCCCAACGGCCUGGAACUGGGCACCAAGUCAGAGGCUCCGCUAUCCCUGCUCACAGGUCCCAAUAUGGGCGGCAAGAGCACGCUGAUGAGGGAACUGGGACUGCUGGUGAUCAUGGCGCAAAUUGGUGCUCACAUUCCCGCUGCUAGCUGCCGCCUCUCAUUGGUGGACAGAAUCUUCACGCGUCUGGGUGCCCAAGAUGAUAUUCUUGCCGGGCACAGUACCUUCCUCGUGGAGCUGAACGAAACCUCGCUCAUUCUCAAGCACGCCACAUGCCAUUCUCUUGUGCUGCUCGACGAACUGGGCAGGGGAACGGCCACCUACGAUGGCACAGCGAUUGCCGCCUCUGUGGUCAACUUCCUGGCCAAUCUCAAGUGUCGCACCUUGUUCUCCACGCACUACCACAAUCUGAUUGACUUCUUCCACAACGACAAGAGGAUUACCCUGGGUCACAUGGCUUGCAUGGUGGAGAAUGAGGACAACGAGGAUCCCACGCAAGAAACGGUUACGUUCCUAUAUAAAUACACAGCGGGUGCUUGUCCGAAAUCGUAUGGUUUCAAUGCUGCCAAACUAGCUGGAAUGCCGCAAGCAAUUAUCAAGCGGGCCUACGAGCUUUCGAAGAAAGUCGAGGCCAUUGCUCUGCAGCGCAAGAUUACGGCGAAGAUCGUAGCCGCCACCGCAGGCAAAGAAGAUUCCAAGAAGGAGAAAUUAAAUGCACUAAAAGAUUUACUCAGGCAGCUAAAAAUGUGCCAUGUUUAAGGUUAUGAUUUCCGUUUUUGAGGCUUUUCAGAUAAUUGUGGGGACGAGCAAACUCCAAAUGUAUGUAGUUUAGUUCGUCAUAAGGCAGCUCUUCUGUCCCUUAAGGUAUACGUUGCUUUGUAAGCAUGUUUC